AUGCUGUGAAACGAGGCAAGCCUCUGGUCAAGUCAACUCUACCCGCACAUAGCCUUGGGGGGCUUCCUUCGAGUACACGCUGUCAUCCUGACAAGUUCCGCAUCCGCCUUAGUGACGCACCACUCUUGCCCUCCUGCAGACCUUGUUGGCCGAGUGAAAGACGUUGCCUCUUCUUCUUUUGAAGUUCAGACCUCAUCAAGUAGUUCGCAUCCAACCGUGCCGGCAAAUGAUGCAGAUCAACAUCGUUUCGACGAUAGCCUGGCUGACAUCGCGAUUGACGCGGUGGAAGAUGUCUUGUACUACGCUGAUGCCGCGUCGCGCUUGUGUCAUUAUCCGGGGCCGGAAGUGGUGUCGUCUCGCAAGGCGGAAAGGACUGCUUCGGUGAGCUCUUUCUAUGAAAGAACAAUAUACCACUGCACCAAAAGGCGAGGCACCUCUACUUCAGUGAGCGCAUAUUGUCCUAGAAGUGAGAUGGAGCGAAGUUCAACACCCCCCUGUGCGCGAAGCUGAAGAGCUUGUGGCAGUGGGUGCGGCUGUGAGGCAACUGGGCAUGUUGAUCAGGUCGCUUGGGCAAGUGCAGCUUGGGCACUGUGAGCACUGUCGAUGCGCCAGGGUGCUUGGCACGCUGCUGGGCAAGUGCGGGGGCCGGGACGCUGAGUGUAUGCGCGCAAAAUUGCCUGACCCCAGGGGGGAUUGAACUCAUGACCUGCUGGUUGCUCUGGGCUCAUAACCUAUGAAAGAACAAUAUACCACUGCACCAAAAGGCGAGGCACCUCUACUUCAGUGAGCGCAUAUUGUCCUAGAAGUGAGAUGGAGCGAAGUUCAACACUUUCCAGAUUCUUGUGCCGUCGGGUGUGUCUCUCUUGGCGUCCGCUGCGCCCCUGAUCGACAUCGACGAACCCGACCGACCUGUCGAGCCCGCCAUUGUACGCGCCCGCAACGUCAUCGCUUGGACGCUACCUUCUGGAAGGGUUUUGCGAUGUUUGAUCGACUCUGGAUCAGAGGUCGACUUGGUGGAUCAGGAGGUGGUGCGAGUCGACCCGAGCUUCGCAACGGCCCGUUUGACUGCACCAUUGCACUUGCGCCUCGGCACCCAGGAUAAGUCCGACCGAUGUGCUGUGUUCGCCACCGCUCCUUUUUCGUCUGGCGCCCUAGAUCUCGGUUUGCGACCAUUCUUCGUUUGCCGUGUAACGGCGUACGACGCCAUCUUGGGGCUGCCAUUUCUUAAGGACACAGGCAUGCUCGUUGGUUGGGGCGUCUUCACCGUCGCGCGCACCGGCCCUUCGCAACCCGUCGCCCAGGAUACGCACGAAUGGGACCGAGCCGUCACCGUAGCACCUAUCUUAUCCAGUUCUGCCAUUGGCUGCAAUCACCCUGGGUUGCUUCCCGACGACGAGAUCAUUGGCCUCGAGCCACACAACCCGCUGCUCGAUGUCGUCGACGAUCCGGCGCUCGACGAUUUCUCUGAGUCCGAAGCACGAACACGAUUGGCUGCCUUACUCGAGAAAUUUUCUGAUGUGUUCGUAGAUUCGCUACCGAUGGACCAACUCCCACCGUACCGGCCAGUCAACCACGAGAUCCCGUUGAUCGAUCCCACCGAAAAGGUCAAACCCCGGGUAUACCCCCUUGCCGACAAAUAUCGCAGCCAGUGGGCGGAACACUCAGCUAAGUACACUCGUGGUCGAUUCUGGGUUUCGGGUCCGAUCGAUUCUGCGGCUCCGGUCUUUGCCAUUCCGAAGAAGAACUCCCAGACGGCUCGUUUCGUGAUCGACCUCCGCGCGCGCAACAGCAACACCGUCAAGCGUUUUUCGCCCAUCCCGGACAUGACCAAUGUUCGAUACGAGGUGGCUCGAUCGCGUUAUCGCUCUAAAUUCGACGUGGCCGCGGCAUUUGAGCAGGUUCGGGUCAUACCGGAGCACGUCGAUCGCACCGGCUUCGCAACGGUGACGGGCACGUACACGUCGCGGGUCAUGCAGUUUGGUGACACCAAUGCGCCCAAUACCCUCAACCUCUUGACCUCGGCGAUGUUCCAGCCGUGUCUCCCGUUCGCCAAGAUCUUUUUCGACGAUGUCCACGUCCAUUCCGAUACCCGUCGUGCGCACUUGAGACACAUCAAGAUCCUGCUGAUGACAUUGAGACAUUACCGGUUCUACUUAGGAUCCAAGAAGUCCGAGUGGUUCUCAAAGUCGUUGGACUCCUUGGGCACCAUCAUUUCUGACGUCGGCAUCGAAGUCGACCCCGCCAAGUGGGUGCGUAUCCGUCAGUGGCCGAUCCCUUGCAACAAGACCGAUGUCCAGCGCUUCCUCGGCACCGUCAACUGGAUGCGAGAUCACCUACCGCACCUCUCAAAGAUUUUGGAGCCGAUCACCGCGUUAAUGGCGCAAGCGACGUCAUGGCGUUGGAACGAGCGAGAACAGCAGGCUUUCGAUACCGUCAAGUCCCUUGUGCCCGCCAUCCUACGACCGAUCGAUGGCGCCAAGGUUACCUCGGGCGAGCACAAGAUGUACCUCUUCACGGAUGCCAGUCGGGUUGGCAUUGGCGCUUGUUUGGCGUCCGGGCCCAACCGUUCGCAGGCCGUUCCAACGUGAUUCUUUUCCGCUAAGUUCAACGGUGCUCAGCUCAACUAUCAUGUCACUGAUAAAGAGUUCUUGGCUGUCGUCUCGGCGUGUCGGGCGUUCGAGCAGCACUUGAUCGGUUACCCCUUCGUCAUCGUCACCGACCAUCAGGCCCUUCGCACGAUAAAAACCCAAAAACUGCGCCAAACGCCUCGGCACAUCCGCAUGUGUCUCGAACUCAGCCGUUUCGACUUCGAAUUUGAAUUCAUUGCUGGCAAGAACAACACCCUGGCCGAUUCGUUGUCGCGUCUGUGGGAGGUCAAGCAGGGUUCACACGAGGAUCAGGUCAAGGAGAAUGAGUUGGAGGACAUGUUCUUUGAUGGAGAACGCCACGAAUUCACUACACCCGGUGAGAGCCUCCCUGAGGAACGUCCUUGCACUUCACCAUCUCCCGAUCGGUUGCCUCCUGUUGAUUUUGCCCUCGGGCCCCAACACGACGAUUGCGAGGCAGGCUCUCCCGGAUACUACGCGCUCAAGGAGGAAUCGCAAGACGAGGACGUGAAUGGACAGGAAUUAGGGAAUUUGUUCUUGAAGGAAGAAUGCCACGAGUUCAUUACGCCCGGUGAGAGCCUCCUCGAGGAACGUCCUUACACCUCACCUUCGCACGAUCGGUUGCCCCCUGUUGAUUGCGCCUUCGGGCCCUGGGGUCACGGUUACGACGCAGGCUCUCCCGGUUCCCCUCAUCUGGCCGAGAACAUUAUGGACGCCGUCGAUUGGUCUAUCGGCCGCCUCUCUCCUCCCAUCGCUGUCAAUCGAGUUCACGCUAUUGCUACGGCCCCUGCCAACAACCCGCCCAUUCCGGUCGAUGCCGACGCCGACGAACUCGAUUUGUUGGGAGUUGCCACCGAUGAUGUCAACGACACCCCUGUAGUCCAUCGGCCGCCUGAUCCACUGCCCCAACCCUUCCUCGACACCGUCAUCCGAGCAUACGCCAACGAUUCGCAAGCCCAGGUCAUCAUUACCGACCCGCUAUCAUGGCCUAUGUUUCGGGUGACCGAGGAAGGGAGGAUUUUGCGUGUACAUCCAGAUGAGUCUCUUUCCUUGUUUGUGCCUCGUGGUCUCGCUACUGGCGUCGUCAACUCCGACAAGGUCCCAUCGCUGCGCGAGCUCGUGCUUUCGGAGAUUCAUCGAAGUGUCGGGCAUGCAGGACAUCGCAUCACCUUGGCCGCCAUCCGUCCUUUGUACUGGUGGUCGUCCAUGUCUGCCGAUUGCGCCGAGUUCUGCCGUUCAUGUGAAGACUGUACCCGAGGCUAUUCGAUCAACUCUACUACGUCAGCGAUGUAGUUAUAGCCAAGAGUGAUGAAUGCAUUUCAACAUACCUAUUCGAUCAACUCUACUACGUCAGCGAUGUAGUUAUAGCCAAGAGUGAUGAAUAG